AUGAUAUUGUCCUUGAUAUUUUAUGCUUUGACUUCUUUGAAAGAUCCUGGCUAUCUUAUAAUCAGAAGUCCUAGCAAUACGGAUUGUUCAAAUUAAAUGACACAAAAACGCAAAAUAUUUUAAUUUUAAGCCUUGCCUUCCAAUGCUAGAACUUAUCCAAUUAUUGAAUAGCAAAACCCAAUAUAAGAAUAAAAAUCAGAAAACGAAUAGUAUUUAAUUUUAAAUAUUUGA